CAGGUCCAUCAAAAUCCCCUCCCCUCCCGUCCCGUCCCCUCCCCUCCCGAGUCCCGACCUCGGCCGCCGCUGCAUCGCCAAGCCCUAGCUAGGGUUUUGCCGCCUCCAUGGAUCACUUCUCCAAGAAGCGGAAGCCCGAUGAGAACGGCGCUUCCCCCGCCGGCGGGGCCGCCGCGCUGGGCCUCACCCGCGACGACGUACUCCGCCUCCUCGAGCCGCUCUCCCGGGACCAGCUCGCCGACAUCGCCGCGGCGGCGGCGCUCGUCUCGGUCGCCGCGCUCGACGCCGUCCGCGCGGCCGCCGACCGCGACCCGGCCCUCCGCAAGCUCUUCGUGCGCGGGCUAGGCUGGGAGACCACCUCCGACUCGCUCCGCGCCAUCUUCUCCGCCUACGGUGACCUCGAGGAGGCCGUCGUCAUCACCGACAAGUCCACAGGCCGGUCCAAAGGCUACGGGUUCGUCACCUUCCGCCACGCCGACUCCGCCGUCCUCGCCCUCAAGGAGCCAUCCAAGAAGAUCGACGGCCGGAUGACCGUCACGCAGCUUGCCGCCGCCGGCGCGGCCGGCGGGCCGUCCGGUGGGGCCGCCGGCAGCGGCGGGGCUCCCCCGGCUGACGUGUCCCUCCGGAAGAUCUUUGUUGGGAACGUCCCUGCCGAUAUGCCAUCCGAUCGCCUCCUCUCGCACUUCGCUGCCUAUGGCGAGAUCGAGGAGGGGCCGCUGGGGUUCGACAAGCAGACGGGCAAGUUCCGUGGCUUUGCGCUCUUCGUGUACAAGACACCUGAGGGUGCGCAGGCCUCACUAGUGGACUCGGUGAAGGUGAUUGACGGCCACCAACUUGUAUGCAAGCUUGCAAUAGAAGGGAAGAAGGGGAAACAGGCACAACCACAGCAAUCCGGGCCUGCCGCCCAGCAGCAGCAGCAGCAGAUGCUGCAGGGUGGCCCGCAGGACAUGCCGGGUUCUGGGCUUGGGCUUGGUGGGCCACAGAUGGGUGCGCAGUAUGGUGGCCCUGGGAGUGGUAUGCCCUCGUUCGGUGCAUUUGGUGGUGUUGGCGGCGGGCUCGGAGGUCCAAACCCUUAUGGAAACUUGCCAUCUUCUAUGGGUGGAGGUGGUGCGGGUGGUUUAGGGUCGUUGGGAAGCCAGAUGCCUUCCGGGGCUGGCGCAUAUGGUGCUGGGGGAUUGGGUGGUGGCUCUUUUGGUGGAUCAUCUCAAUUUGGUGCUGCUGGGAUGGGGGCUUAUGGCGGCCUAGGAAUGGGAGGAGCUUCACAGCUGUACCGCAUGCAACAGGGAGCAGGUGGGAUGCCUUCAGGCGGCUAUGGUGAGGGUGGGAACUACCCUCUUCCAGGAUCUGGUUUCCGGGGUCAGGACACUCAAGCUGGGAUGUCACCUGGGCCAGUUGGCAGGGCUCCUCCUAUGUACCCCAACGUGCCGCCUUACUUCUAAGUGAAUGUGUGACUCAGGUGUGUGACAACUCUUGGGAGCAUAUGCUUUGAAAUGGUUGUGCUGAAUUCAGAAGUGUUGUCUGCUUACAUGGAUGUCUUGCAUAUUCUGGCUACCUCUGAUCUGGAUUCUGGAAUGCAGUUUGCUCUCUCAAUUUUCGCUGUUAAGGGAUCAAGCUAGCUUAGUGUUUCCUGAUAAUGCUUCACAUGUACUUUCUUAUGACUGCUUUGCAGUUUCCUGUUUACAUAAACAAGUGAAGUGGCAUUUACUCUAUUGUGUUGUUUAUUUUCGCAUUAUCAUAUGAUGUCCCUUUAUUA